UCUGAGAACCGAACCGCGGCUCCAAGUUUCCACAUCUGCCGCUGACGCUCCGGGGAAGCUGCGCGUCGCUUCUCCUAUAAAUGGCACCCGCGCACACCCGCGGCGCAAAACUUUAUUCGGGUCAGAUCCGACGACUUGAUUAAUUCCGCGUCUCCCCGCUCGCGCUCGCUCAGUAUCGAGGACAGCCUCUCCGCCUCGCGACAUGUCGGAGCGCGAUGGAUGCGGAGACGACGGCGCGCCGGACUUCAUCCCGCCGAGGGUGUCCCGCGGCCGGCGUAGCGGGGUCAUCCUGCCCGGCGGGGGCAGCCAGGACUCCGACACCAUCCUGCUGGAGACCGUGAAGGCAGCGCCGCGCCGGAGCAGCAUCAUCAAGGACCCGUCGGUGCAGAAGAUGGGCGGAGGCAGGAAGAAGACGGUGUCCUUCAGCAGCAUGCCGUCUGAGAAGAAGGUGAGCAGUGCCGCCGACUGCCUGGCGUUCAUGCAGGGCGGCUGCGAACUGAAGAAGAUCCGACCCAACUCUCGAGUUUACUGCCGUUUCUACACUCUGGACCCGGACCUGAGCUGUUUGCGCUGGGAGCCGUCCAAGAAGGACGGGGACCGGGCUCGGCUGGACGUGUCCAGCAUCCGGGAGGUCCGCACCGGGAAGAGCACCGAGACCUUCCUCCACAACGGCCCCCUCUCCGAACACCUGGCCGAGGAGGCGGCCUUCUCCAUCAUACACGGGGACGAAUACCAGUCUUUGGAUUUGGUGGCACUGUCAGCAGAUGUUGCCAACAUCUGGGUAACCGGCCUGCGCUACCUGCUGGCUCAUCCGUCCAUCGUGGGGGGUGCGGGGGGCAGCGGGGGAUUCGGCGUCGGGGGUCUCGGUGAAGGGGGAGGCGUGGCUGUGGAGGGAAGCCUGGGAAGCAAAAUGAGGAGCGAGUGGCUGGAGGCGGAGUUCGCCAAGGUGGACGAGGACGGCUACGGCAUCGUGUCCGAGGACGUCGCUGUCUCCACCAUCUGCAAACUCUACCCCGGUAUCAAGGAAGCCAAGGUACGUCUGCGCUUCAAGGAGAUCCAGCGGAGCAAGGAGAAGCUGACCUCGCACGUCACCCGCGAGGAGUUCCAGGAGGCCUUCUGCGAGCUCUGCACCCGGCCCGACGUCUACUUCCUGCUGGUGCAGCUGUCCAAGGACCGCGAGUGUCUGGACCCCCAGGACCUGCGCCUGUUUCUGGAGACGGAGCAGGGUCUGUCUCUGGCCACCACCGAGGGCUGCUGGGAGCUGCUGCGGCGCUACGAGCCCUCGGCGCAGGGCAGAGAGAGGGGCCUGCUGGGCCUGGACGGGUUCGCCCGCUACCUGCAGUCCCCCGAGUGUCAGCUGCUGGACCCCGAGCACCUGGGGGUCUGCCAGGACAUGAACAUGCCUCUGUCACACUACUACAUCAGCACUUCCUACCGCUCCUACCUGCUGGACGACCAGGUCCAUGGCAGAGCGGAUCUGGGGGGGCUGAUCAAGGCCCUGCAGUCGGGCUGCAGAUGUUUGGAGCUGGGAGUCACCGACGGCCCCGACGGCGAGCCUUUGCUUGGAGUCGACUACGGACCAGACAUCCCUCGCCAUCAUCACCACCACCACCACCACCAUCACCACCACCACGCUCCGGUCACCAUCCGGUCUGCGCUGGAGGUGGUCAAUAAGUACGCCUUCCUGACCUCGCAGUACCCGCUCCUGGUCUACCUGUGUCAGCGCUGUUCUCCAGUCCAGCAGCGCACCAUGGCUCAGCACCUGAAGAAGGUGUUCGGAUCCCGACUCUACACCCCGGAAGCCCUUCCCGUCAGCCUGGGGGGCCGCGCCACCACUUUACCCUCCCCGGAGCAGCUGAAGGGACGCGUCCUCUUAGUGGGGAAGAAGCUUCCGCCAGACCAGGACGGUUCCGAUGGGGACGUUUCUGAGGAAGAUGAGGAGAUUGGAGGCGGGGGGCCGCUGGCGGGGAGGAGGAUGACCAUCCCGGGCGAGGAGGAGCUGGGGGUGGUGCUGGUGGUGCCGCCACCCUCUCAACCCAGGAAGCUCCGCCUACAUAAGGAGCUGUCGGACUUGGUGGCCAUCGCUCGUACGGGCAGCCGCAGCUUCUACGCUCAGAGAGCGAGCAACAAACUGGCGCAGCAGCAGUCUCCCCCCGGCAGCCCGGCCUCUCCCGGGACGCCCAUGCCCCCCGAGGUGCCUUACUGGACGCUGUGCUCCCUGGGCGAAGGGGAGGCUGGGAGGCUGACCAGCGAGAGCCCGGAGGACCUGGUUAUGUUCACCAAGCGCACCCUGACCCGGGUGCGACCCAGCUCGGUGCGUCUGGACUCCAGCAACCCCAACCCGCAAGGGUACUGGAAAGGGGGCGUCCAGCUUGUGGCCUUGAACCAGCAGACUCCCGGUGCCAUGCUGGACCUUCAUCGAGGUCGCUUCUCGCAGAACGGAGGGUGUGGUUACAUCCUCCGGCCCGCCGUGAUGAGGGACGAGGUGUCGUAUUUCAGUGCCCAUACACAGGGCUGCGUGCCCGGAGUCCCGCCUCAGACUCUCCGAAUCAAGGUUAUCAGUGCCCACAACCUGCCCAAGCCCCAGGGGUCCGGGGCAAAAGGGGAGGUCAUCGACCCGUACGUGGUCCUGGAGCUGCACGGUGUGCCGGCUGACUGUGCCGAGCAGCGGACACGCACCGCCGCUCAGAACCAGGAUGACCCACUGUUUGACGAGACCUUCGAGUUUCAAGUCAACAUGCCCGAGCUGGCCUUGCUCCGCUUCGUGGUGCUAGACGACGACUACAUCGGAGACGAUUUCAUCGGCCAGUACAGCGUGGCCUUCGAGUGCCUUCAGCCCGGCUACCGCAACGUGCCCCUGCUGGGCCUGGCGGGAGACCCCCUGCCCCACACCAGCCUGUUCGUGCACGUGGCCGUCACCAACCGGCGGGGAGGCGGGAAGGCCCAGCGCCGCGGCCUGUCGGUGCGGAGGGUGGGCCGGCGGGGGCGGGAGUACGUCACCCUGAGGCACACCGGCAUCAAGGCGGUGGACGAGACCUUCAAGGCGGCCGCUUCGCCGCUGAAGGAGGCGACGGACCUGCGGGAGGACGCUCAGAGCACUACCGCCAGUUUCAAGGAGCAGUGUGGGCUCCCCGCUGUGGCCAAGCUGAAGCAGUGCAUCCAGAGCCUGGCCACCAGGCUGCAGAGCCCCGAGGGCACCAUGGGGGCCGCCAUGGUGCUGAAGGACGGCUACCCGUGUCUGGAGGCGCUGGUCAGCCUCUCGGAGCCCACCCGGAAGCUGCUCGCCGCCUACGACACGAUGAUCGCAGCCCAGAAACAGCUGAUCGAGAACGCAGACUGUGUUCAGGAGAGGAUCGCCCAGGUGCAGCGGGAAGGAAUGGAGUUCCAUGAGGAUCUUUCAAGGCUCGGAGAGAAAGAAGGUCUGAAGGGGCGAAAGCUCAUCAAAGCCGUGGAGAGUUUCACCUGGAACAUCACGGUACUCAAGGGUCAGAGCGAUCUGUUACGCGGCGCCAAGAUGGAUUCCCUGGACGCUCUGAGGCAGCUGGCUCUGGCCUGUGAAGCCUGCGGCCUCACCUCCUCCUCCUCCUCCUCCAACUCCUCCACCUCCUCCUUCUCCACCACCGAGCUGCACUACUCGUCCCACCCGCUGUCCGGUCGCCGCAGCAGCACGCACGGCAACGGGCGCAUCUGAUGUUCCUCCUCCUCCCUCCCUCCACCCCUCUCCCUCCCUCUCCCCCCGCCCGCCGCCGCUCAUCCGGCCGUGGAGCAGAGCAUCCCUUUAUCCAGAGCAGAGUGUCUGUCACAGCCUUACGGUGAGUUCAUUAGAGGUCAGAGGCGUUUUGUGAAUGUCUGCAGCAGAGGGCAACAAAGAAAUAAAAAUCUACACUCUGAUACUGGAGUUCUGACGGCUCCCGCUUGAAUCCUAAAGCUUGGAAUGAGUAACUCGGAGGGUUUGUAGCUCAUCAGAGAAGAAGACACUGGAAUGGCCGUGGAGCCGAUGUGUGCGGUCCUGUCUGCGUUCCAGUCGGGGCCUGAAUGUAGAGCCGCCUCAGCCCUUUGGACGGCUCGUCGAUGUAAAGGUGCUGCAACAUCCGGACCCAGACGGAGCUCAGAGACAAACAAAACCCACCCGAGUGCGAUUUAAUGUCACUGUAUUCAUGUUGUUUCCAGGUAAAAAUGCCAGAAAGGAUUUGAUAGUUUUCAGUAGCUCGAUUGCACUGGAUGUACACAGCACUCCCGUCCUGGGCGAUAAUCUGAGAGCGAGAUCCUCCUCAAGCUUUCCUGCUUUUUUAUUUGAUGCAGAUUUGAGCGGAAGAGAAAAAAAGAGAGAAUCCAGAUUUUCCAUAAUAUUCUGAGCACCGAUCAAGAACAACAGACCCAUGGAAAGGAGAUAAAACCUGAGGAAACGUGCGGUUCUUUAACUAACCCAUCUAGUGUGUUUGAGGUUGUGUUCACACUUGUUGGAACUGGUUCUGCUUGUAAAAUGACUGAAUGGAUUCUGUUCUAACCUGAAGGCAGCGCAGGCCAAAGAUCAUCUAACAAACGCCAGAUCGUCUCAGCGUCUGUUGACCCACUAACGACGGGCGCAGAUAAAGAAGCCGUGCACUCCUCUUCUCUCAAGCUUUCAAAAAAAUAUGGAGAGAAUCAAAAAGGUGAAGAGCAUUUGGAGGCUUGGGCUCUCAGUGGGGGUGAUUUAUGGAUCACACAGGUUCCUGUUUUCUCUGAAACACAAGGACUGUAACCGGAGAGUGGGACGGAUGUGUGUCGACACUGUACGCGUGUGUGUCGUGGUCCGUGUGUGGAUCCUGUAACCUCGUCUCCGUGUCGGCGCUCCACAUGAAGUACACUGUAUCCAUGUAGCAAUAAUUCCAGUGGGGAGACGAGCAGCAGCUGGAAACUGAUCACCAGAGGUGGCAAACAACCACAUAUCUAGACUCACUCACUGUACUGAAGUGGAUUUUUCAGGUAUUUCAUUACUUUCUGCUUUUAAUCUGUUUUGAAUCUUCAAAAUCCAAUUUGAUGUUAAGUGGGGCAGAACAGUCAAAAUUCUAAAUUUCUUGAAUAAUCCAGUGUUUUAUGAUGAGUUGUGUCAAAUAAAGUCUACAUUUAGUAAAGAAAAUGCUUGCAAAGCCAGUUUUUACCUUUGUACUUCGUUUCAGAACUCGUUCUCUCUUGUUUUUAACUGAAGAAGGUGAAUCAGUAUUUAAACUCUAACCAAAAUCUUGAUUACACAAAAUUCUGCACUUGUGCAGAUCAGAUCAGUACUUCUGCCACCUCUGUUGAUCACAGCCUCAACUCUACUUAAAUGUUUGAUUCAACUUUCUGUGUGAACUUCUGCUUCUUUUUAAUACAGGAAAACUUUAA